CUUGACAUAGCGCCUGUAAGAGUGUUUUACUGACUUGAGCAAUUCGUAUUGGUUGCGACCAGCUGGUUUACUGCUAUAGUCCCGCUUCGCCCUCGUAAUAAUAGUUAUGCAAGUCUCACACUAUAACCUGGCCACCAGACUGCAGAGAUGUGCACCAUCCCUCACUCGUGCGCACGCGCCGCUGCCGGGCAUCGCAGCUCGCAGCGGCACGUACCGGCGUUUUCCGUUGAUCAUCCAAGCAGCAAAAGGCUUCGGCAAGUCAAAACCGACGCCAGCCAACACCGGCGCAAACGAUGAAGGACCUUCAAAGGGCCGCAAGGGCAAGGCUAAGCGUGUGCAGCUACAGCCCGGCAACGUGAGCCCUAUCCCCAACCAGCAACGCCAGCAACAGUCCCAGGAUCAAAUGCAAGCGCAGUUCCAAACCAAGCUAAUUGACCCAGACCAAUCCUCUGAAGAGGAAGAGGAGUUCAUGGCGCGCCUUCAGGCGCUGAAGGCCCAGGGCAAGGAAUACGCUGCCGCCGUUACCGCCGCUGACAGCGCCGUCACCGCGACGGCGGUGACGCCAGCGAUCUUCGACGCCCCCGUCACCCCCGCUGGCGGCGGGGAUUACGCACCCUCUUCACGGCGAUACUCGGGCAUAAGGCCCGCGCAGUCGCCGCCGGACGCCAUCGAGGAGAAGAUUUUGAAGACGAAGAUCACACUGUACGAAGAUCAGCUCAAAGCUGAUCCCAACAACGACAACAUUACGGAGGCACUCGCAACAUCGUACGCUCGGAUGUUGCAGUACGACAGAGCCGCGGAGUUGCUGGAAAAGCUGAGCAAGAGGACACCAAACGAUGCGGAGGUUUGGAGACUGCUAGGGGAGAGCUCCCUCCUCAGCCAGCAGCCUCGAAAAGCCGUUACAGCCUUGGAACGAGCUGUCGAGCUACGACGACAGCAGCAGCAGCAGCAGGGGACUACAGCUACAGCCGUCGUCACCCAGCCGGAUCUACAGCUUCUGACGGGGCUCGUGGACGCCUACAUUGCCAACAAUGACUAUCCCAAGGCGGUGGACGCGCUGAGGGGGGUACGCGAGGAUCUCCAGGCAGCGGCGGCGGCGGCGGCAAGAAGCGCGAGCAUGGCGGCGCCAGCGGCGGCGCUGGCCGUAGCGCCGGAAGCCGUCGGGGUCGAGCCGCGGCCAGCAGAACUGCCAGACGUGGCGGAGGUGGCGGCGGAGGCGAGCGUGGCGCCAGCGAUGCCGGAGAUGCUGACGGCGCCGCCGGCGCCGGAACUGGCGGCGGCGCCGGCGGCGGACACGGCGACGAGUGCCUUACCGGCGGCGGCGCCGGUGAAGCCGUUGGAUCCCGUAGGAGUGGAGUUGCUGACGGCCAAAGUGUACAGCGCCUGGCGGGGGCAUGACCAGGAUGCACUGGCAACGUACGACGAGCUGAUUAAAGCCUUCCCUGAGGAUUACCGCGGGUAUUUAGCUAAGGGAGUAUUCUUGAAGGAGAAGGGUCGCAAGGCGGAUGCGGAGCGGAUGUUCCUGCAGGCCCGAUUCUUCGCGCCGGCCUCCAAGCAGCAGCUGGUGCGGGCCAUCGCCGAAACCAAGCCCGCUGCCCCCCAGCUGCCGGACAACAACUAA